CGCAGGUGAAGUGCAGUGAGGUGUGAUCAGUCGGCGCAGAAAAUAAGCCAACCGCGGUACGGACACGUGAGGGCGAGUGCACCGCGCCACGGGGCGCUCACGAUGCACGCGGUGUUUAACAAGGAGAACAGCAGCCUGAUGGGCCACAUCGGCUGCGCGCCGCAGGCCGUGUGCAACUUCAUGCUGAACAAGGCGCGCAAGACCCGCCGCAGCCGCAGCGUCUCGCACGGCCGGUCCCAGCGGCGGGGGUCGAGCGACGACGACGAGCCGGCACAUGAUGACGUCAUGGUCGCCGAGAACGUGACGAAGGACCCGGAGCGGUCGGGGCGCCGUCUGUCAACGCUCGUGCACGGCGUGCGCAACCUGAAGCGUCGCCUGGCGGCCCGCCAGCCGCCGGCCUCGGGACCCGAGCGGCGGCAGCACCGCGCCUCGCUCGACAGCCGCAGCAGCGACGGCUCGGCGCUCUCCUCGGCCGGCAGCGAACCGGCGCUGAUCGACAGCAACCGGAGCUCACUGCUCUCCAACAUGUCCUCGUCCUCGGAGGACUCGGACGGCGGGUACCGGGGGCCGACGGUCGGUCUGGCCCGCGCCCGGGUCGACUACGUGCCCAGUCCGUACGACCGCGAGGCGCUCCGGUUCAGCCGCGGCGACACCAUCCACGUCAUCAGCAUGAACCCGAGCGGCCUGUGGCGGGGCGCGCUGCACGGACGCGUGGGCACCUUCAAGUUCAUCAACGUGGAGGUGCUGCCGGCCGAGGAGCGGGCGCGUCAGUCGGCGGCGCCGCCGCUCCAGGGCCGGCCCAGCUCCGUGCCGCAUCUGCUGGAGCAGCUCGGCGUGCCGGAGUACGCGCACAUCUUCAGUCUGCACGGUUUCGAUCGUGUGGAGGACUUCUACUCGUUGGAGGCGGAGCAGCUGUCCGACCUGGGUAUCGUCGACCCCGAGCACCGGUCCAGCCUGCUCGGCGCCGCCCGUGCUCUCUCUGCUGACCCUGACGCCGGCAGCCCGCUCUCGCUGUGCGACUUCACUCAGCCGCUGCUCUCGGAGCUGAUCCGCGACUCGGGCUGCUACGACGUCUGGCGGCUGACUGAGGAGACCGCCGCGCUGAAGGCCAGCUCACCGGCCGCGGCCGAACGCCAGCCGGCGGGUCGGGAGCCGGCCGACGGUGACGAUGACGCCGACGGUGAAGGCGACCCGCUCGACCCGACAGCCGAGCUUGACGGGCCCCGCAGCAGCGCCGAGCCGGCGGCCGAGCCAACGGCCGACACCGGGGCGGACGUGGUGCACGCGCGGCCCGCCGCCGUUCGCGCCUCCCCGCCGCGCCUGGACACCAGCCCCGUGGUCGACUUCGAGCGCAAGUUUCAGAACGCGCGCAGCGUGUUCGAACCGAACUGCGUGCGCCGUCAGAUCCCGGUGGGGGUGCGGUCGCGGACGCACUUCAGCUCCCGCGAGCCAAUCACCGUCGAGGACGAGGUGGCCGUGUGA